AAUACAAUAGCGGUACUUCGAAACACAGCUAUGAUAUCGCAACAGAAUGUCACGAAAACGCGCACAAUACGAUUUUGCUGUGCUGGGUAUGAGGGCAACAUCUCCAUCAACGAUACAAUAUGCAAACCAGUCUGCCGCGGCGGUUGUGGUCGCGGCUAUUGUCAGACACCGGAUGUUUGCAGUUGUGAGGCGGGCUAUACGGGAACACACUGUACGCAAAGAUGCGACCAUGAUCACUGGGGUGACGAGUGCAAGCAAAAGUGUAAAUGUCAAAAUGGCGCAGUGUGCGAUAAUAAAUCUGGUAUCUGCCAUUGCACCACCGGUUGGACGGGAGAAUUCUGUGAACUACCUUGCCCCGUCGGCUCGUACGGCGUCAUGUGUCACAAGGAAUGCGCCUGCGCCGACAAACGCUGCCACCCGCAAACAGGCGCUUGUAUCGGCAAUACUGCUAUUGCUGUCCUACCUAAUGCCACUCAUGCCAUGAUACAAACACUAAACUCCACAAUUGCCAAUAUAACGCACAAACUAGAUCGCAUAGCCAAGAAAAUUGUAACCAUAGCCACUAGCACCAUUGUGCCGCCACAUCUCACCGGCGCGCCGGAAGUGAUUGUUAUCAAACAAGAAGAUCAGCAGACACCAAAAAUUAUUGUACAUCAACCUGGUGUUGCCGGUGGCUUUCUGGGCGACCUACAUGCUGCUGGCGGCAAAACUCCUGAAGUUAUACACGUCAUCACAGCUCCCGUGGCAGGUGGCGACUGGUCUGCGCACGCCAAUGGUACGCUAAUUGGUGCCGCGCAUGAUGCCAAAUUGAGUUUGGCUGGCAUUGGUGGUAUCGCAGAGUUGCCCACGCAGACCUACGCACCCACAGCAACACCCUCAGCUGCUGAGCAUGAUGCGAAUUUACUGAGCACACUACUUGUUAUACUGCUGAUCAUAGUGAUUGCGAUCGGUAUGAGUUGGCUCUACAUUUAUAGACGCUAUCAUUGGCAAAAGCAACGCGUGGAAGCGGCUUUGGCUGCGCGGAAUGCCAGUUUCGGUGGUACGGCAUCCACAGAGCUUGGCGUUGGUGGUGCGAGUAAUACGUUGGAUGCACAGGCCAUGACUGGUGUGGGGGGUAAGAGUUUCCUGAAGCCGCUGCCAGAUUUGCCGGCAUUUACGCAAAUGGUGCGCAACAAAAUCGAGGCAGGACCCGAAUUAUAUGAUGCGCCGAGUAAUAAUUCUUCGGUCAAUACGACCGCCUAUGACUAUGCACGGAAGCUCUCUCUGUAUUCGAUUGUUUCACCGAAAUCGCGUAAGAGUAGUCCCGAUUCUCAUUUGUACGACGAGAUUCGCUAUCCCUCAGCAUAUCAGCAUCAGCAGCAGCAUCAGCAGCAGCAACAGCUACAACAACAACAACAGCAACAAAGCCAACAUAUUUUCAAUACUAAACAAAGGCAACAGCAGCAUGGCCAGCAACAAUUCCAUAACUUUCAAAAACAACAACAACAACAACAACAACACCAACAUAUUAUAAACACACACUCUCUCGCCCAACCAAAUCUAACACAACACCCACACACAACCCAAAAGCCACUGCAACACACCGAACUAUCUGCUUUCAUUGGGCAGCAGCCUCUGGUCUCUGCCACUUCUACACCGCACCACCGUCAACAGCAACACCACAUAACACAUUUGAUUAUAACACCGCAGAAUAGUAAUUUCUUGCAAGUGCCAUCCACAGCCGUCAACACCAAUGUCAACGCCACCAACAGCAGUGUUACACGUAAGGUGGCGCUAAUAUAGGUCCAGAAAUAUUUUCAAUGGAAAACUUUUUAUACAUACAAUUGUAUUUUAAACGUAUUAUGAACGCACCAAAUAUACUUUUACUUCAUCAUCAUUAUGGUAAA